AGAGGAGGAGAAACUAGAAAGAGGAAGGCAACCCCCUCCGUCGGUCCGGCCGGCCGGUGGAAGGAAAGGGAAGGGAGCAAUGGACGUGGUGAGGGGCUCCAUCGACUUGAGGGAGCUGCUGCCGUCGGGAGGGGAGGAGAUCGACGAGUCCUCCCCGCUCUCCUCCCCCGACCUCCGCCUCCUCAUCGACCGCCUCCAGGUCCGAUCCCUCGACAUCAAGCGGAGGGUCGCAGAGUACGUCCGCGACCACCACCGCGACUUCGCUGACAUACUCUCCCGCUCCGUUGAUACCUCCUCAAAGGUCGACGACCUCGCCGCCAGCCUCGCCACUGUCCUCCGCCUCUUUGACGAGGGCCCUUCCGGCCGUCCCCUCGACGCUGAGCUCCGCAGCCUGGUGGAGGAGAGCCGCCGCAAGCGCAGGGAGCUCGCGGAGAAGAAGGAGGCUCUGCGCGUCGUCCGAGUGAUCUCGGACCUGGCGGAGAGGCUGGAUGCUGUGAGGGAGGGCGUCGAGGCCGGGCGGUUGGUUGAGGCGGCCGGAGGAGUUCGCUAUCUGCAGACGGCGUUGUCGGUUCCGGAUGAGUGGAAGGACGGGGGAGGUGGGAUUCCUUCCCGCAAGGUGGAUCCUGUGGCGUUUUCCCUGUUGAGAACUCAAUGGGUCGAGUGCUUCGAGCGGUUACAAAGAGUGCUUGUUGAGCAUCUGGAGAACGCUGUGCAUUUCGAGUCGGAGAGCGGCAGAUUGGUGGUUAGGAAUCAAGUCGAUGGGGUUGAGCUUCAGUCAGUCUUGAAGGCGUUGGACAUUAUUGGUCUUCUUAAUUAUGGGCUUGCAAGAGUGGCAGACUUGUUGAACAAAUUUGUAAUUAUGCCAGUUAUAGGCAGAAAAGCUGGAAAGGUAUCUGUGGAUGAGCCAAGUGAAGGCAUGGUUGAGAUCGUUCUUCAUCCAGAACCUUCUCCUGUUUCGCAGGCAAAAAGUUUGGAUGUCGUGAUGGUUUAUCCAAUGCUUAUAGAUGUUUUGAAGUUUGCAUACAACUUCAUAUGCUUCCAAAAUGGAACUUGGAUGGGCAUUCUUGGAAGAUUGACAUGGCCACAAAUUUCCGAUUCUAUUAUUAUGAAUUUCCUCUCAAAGGUUGUGCCUAGUGAAGCAUCUAAGGUUGCUGAAUAUCAAGGUAUCUUGAAAGCCACAGAAGAGUUUGAAGGGUCAUUGGGAGACAUCUUGUUUAUUCCAAUGACUGAUGGCCAGAAUGAAAAGUUGACCAGAUUUGCUCAGAAUGUCGAAGUCCACUUUGCUUCCAGGAAGAAGAAUGAAAUUGUGGCAAAAGCUCGAAAACUGCUUUUGAGUUGUGACUUUUCUCUUUCUCAGGAAAACACAAGAAGGAGUGAGAGUCUUGAAGGUACAAAUGCUGAUAAUCUCUCAAACAACAAAGAGGAUAUCCCUUUUUGGCCUAAUGUUCGCCUGGUGUCUAGAGCUGCAUCUCAACUCAUGAAACUAGUCCGGGAAACACUUGAGGAUGCUUCUGUAUCAUCAAACAUGGUGGCACUCGAAUUUUAUCAUGCUGCAAGGGAUUCCCUCCUGCUUUAUCUUGUUAUUAUUCCAGUCAAGCUAGAAAAGCAAUUGAAAACUGUAAGCCAAGCUGCUAUACUCGUAUACAAUGAUCUUCUGCAUCUGUCACAGGAGGCUUUAGGGCUUGCAUUUGAGUAUCGUGCAUUUGCUCCAUCUGCUCUAAGUGAACUUAUGGUCUUUGUGGAUAUAGCCCCGAAUUUCCAACAGUUAGCAGCAGAAACACUCCAGAAACAAAUUCAACUUACUGAUCUGAAUAUAAAAGAGGCUUUGGAUGGUGCAAAUGGAUUUCAAAAUACUCACCAAAGGCAGAACUUUGAGUCAGCAAAGUUUGCUAUAGACCAGGUUGUAUUUGUCCUUGAAAAGGUUCAUAUCUUGUGGGAACCAGUGCUCAUUCCAGCUACAUAUAGGAGAACACUUUGCAGCAUUUUGGAUCGUGUUUUCUCGAGGAUAAAUGAAGAUGUACUCCAACUAGAUGACCUGGGGGCUGAUGAGACACUUCAGCUUCAAAGAUUAAUCUACAUUAUAUUAGAGAAUUUAUCUACUUUAUUCGAGACUAUAAGAAUCAACAAAAGUGAGGAUAGGAGAUCAGACAGUGACGUAUGGUUUGAAUUGGAGAAUUUAAUACCUUCUUUAUGCAAGCUCCGCAAACUAGCAGAUUUAUUGGAUAUGUCUCUUAAAUCAAUUACAGCGGCUUGGGAAGAUGGCUCUCUUGCUAGUUGUGGCUUUUCAAAGUUGGAGGUUCUGGAUUUUGUGAAAGCAAUAUUUGCUGAUUCACCUAUACGAAAGGAGUGCCUAUCUAGAAUAGAAAGUGCUUAUUUUUAGAACAGGUUUCCUGUGUGGACUGUGUCUGGUCCACCACAAAUACCGAGAUGUGUAAAGGUUGUCUGCAUACUGGCACCGCCAACAUUAUAUUGUGGUUGAGAGGCAAUAUAACAAAUAAGCAGCAGCCCAUCUACUAUUACGAUUCUAAAGAGGCUAUGAAGAUAACAAGAACUGUUCUUCUCCCAGGAAAGGGCAGAUGGAUUCCGUUCACCUGGGAUCUAGUCAGCAGCUGAGUUCAUUUAUUCAUUACAUGGCAUCAUUGAAGUUUUUUUAUGUAAAUUAAGUAUAUUAUUUAGUCCUCGUUUCUCUAUAUUAAUGUCAUUUGCCUUUUCUUUCCAAUUUUUCUCCGCAGUUUCUGUUUCUGAUUAAUAUGCUUACAAGAUAUAUUGAAGUUGAUGACAAAAUUCAUUUGGAAUCUAGAACUAAGUCUCCUUUUUUCA